GAGUAACCAAAACUGUUUUGAGUAGAGCUAGUGCUGUUAGACAUGUGGAAAGCGGUAGGAGGCAUUGUCCUCUUUCUGCUUUCUGUUUUGAACCCCUUGUCAGGAUUUGUCAGUAAUUUCACUUUGAAUACCACCCACCACCACUUGCUUCACCAUCAUCACAGGAAAGGAGCUGGAACAGGGGGGAAGGCCAUGGAUCACUGGAUUGAGGGCCCAGUGCUAGAGGAAUUCACAUUUCCAUCAAAUUCUGCUCCCUUCAAUAGCUGUCAUGCUUCUACCAUUGUUGAGGUGGGUAAACUUCAUUUUUUGGUGGCUUAUUUUGGCGGUACAGCAGAGGGAGCCCCUGAUGUGAAAAUUUGGUUGCAGACUUACAAGGAUGGCUUUUGGCACUUCCCCAUUCCCAUUGAUGAAGAGCCAGAUGUUCCCAUGUGGAACCCUGUACUAUUUAAGCUUCCAUCUGAUGAGUUACUUCUCUUCUAUAAAAUCGGUCAAGAGGUCCAAAAAUGGAGUGGAUGCAUGAAACGGUCAUUUGAUGGGGGUGUUACUUGGACAGAAAGAGAACAACUUCCUCCCGGUAUAUUAGGACCAAUUAAGAAUAAACCUAUCUUGCUGGAAAAUGGGCUUUUGCUUUGUGGAUCGUCAGUAGAAAGUUGGAAUUCAUGGGGAGCAUGGAUGGAGGUCACGGAAGAUUCCGGUAGGUCAUGGAGAAAGUAUGGCCCCAUAUUUAUUAAAAAUGAAACUCUCAGUGUGAUUCAACCAGUUCCUUACCAGACUGCGAAUGGGACAUUGCGUGUUCUAUUACGAUCCUUUGAUGGCAUUGAUAGAGUUUGUAUGUCAGAAUCGCAUGAUGGUGGUCAAAGCUGGGAUUAUGCAAAACCUACUGCACUCCCCAACCCAAACUCAGGUAUUGAUGGGGUUAAGUUGAGGGAUGGGCGGCUGUUACUUGCGUAUAACACGAUCUCUAGGGAGGUCCUUAAGGUUGCCAUAUCUGCUGAUGAUGGAGAUUCAUGGCAGGAAGUUGUGACAUUAGAGGAGAAAACAGGGAUGGAAUUCUCUUAUCCAGCUGUUAUCCAGGUUACUGAUGGAUCUGUUCACAUCACCUACACAUAUAAUAGAACACAGAUCAAGCAUGUUGUUCUUCAACUGAAUGAUACGAAGACAAAUCCGUAUUGAAAAAUCAGAGGAAAGAGUGGUAUAAUUCUCUUGUUGUGUUGUAUCAUGUAAGGCCUCAUGUAUGAUUCUGGACUAGGUUUGGUUCCAUGUUGUUCUUGGAAGUUAUUGACCCCUGCCUUUUGUUUUAGUGGCAUCUCUACUUAAGGGGUGGUUCUGGUCAUUUGGCGUUUGUUGUCUAUUAUGUGUAUAGAUUCCCUUGGUGUUUGUCCCUUUAUUUAUACCUUUGAUUUGAUGUUUUUAUAGUUCUUUUUGUGUAGUUAAGGAUAAAGUUCCACA